ACCAGUGUUCGCCCGACCGCUGAGAAGCUGACACACGACCACACCUGCGAGGAACUUAGUCGCUGACGGAGGGUUGUGAGGAAAAGUUGUGAGGAAGAGUUGCAGUCGUAGGGGGGCGAGCUCUCCCACUCUCACUCUCUCUAGUUAAAACUCGGAGAGUGUAAGAAGUUUUAUCUGAAUUUGUGUGAUACGAUAUAUUCUUCGGCUCUUCGGUUAGCCACAUUAGCUUCUCACGAUGCCGGGAGAGAGUCACUCAGACGCGCCGGCGGCAGUCCCUCUACAGGUGGCCGUGCAGUCGUCAGCCCUUCCGGAUUCCGCGAACGGCCACGCGGGAGGCGACUCGCCGAAGGCCCUCAGCUGCCUGGAGUGCAAGAAGGCGGCCACCAUCGUGUGCGGCGGGUGCUGGCAAGCGGGCUACUGCGCACGCGACCACCAGCUCACGGGCUGGGUCAAGCACCGCCCGAAGUGCCGGCCCUGGCGCAUCGCCCGCUCCAGCGUGCUCGGGCGCCACAUGAUCGCCACGAGGGACGUUGCUGCAGGGGAGCUGCUGCUUCAGGAUCCGCCACUCCUCCUGGGACCGAAGAACAUCACUGAGCCCGUGUGCCUUGGGUGCUACCGGCCGGUGGACGGGUCUUACGUGUGCAGGGGCUGCUCCUUCCCAAUGUGCGGCUCCGACUGCGAAGCGUCGGAGGAUCAUCAGGUGGAGUGCAAGGCCGUCAAGGAUUCAGGAGUGUCCGUGAAGGUCACCGUCUUCGGCGAAAUCAACAGCAUGUACGAAUGCAUCACGCCGCUGAGGAUCCUGAGCCUGCGCGACUCGAACCCGAUGGUGUGGAACAAAUUGCUCUCACUUGAAAGCAACCUCGAUAAGCGCGGCGGCACGGAGGUGGCAGCCAUCACCCAGCAGACGGUGGUGGACAUCAUCCACGACAGGCUCAGGCUGGAGGAGGAGUUCGACGAAGAACUCAUUCAGAAAGUCCUUGGCAUUAUCGACACGAAUGCUUUUGAGAUCCGACUGCCCGACUCGAGCAUCCAGGGCAUCUAUGGCAAUGCAGCCAUCCUGGAGCACAACUGCGUGGCCAACACACACCGCACAUUCGACGCCGACCUCAACCUGGUAGUGCGCGCCGCAGUGCCCAUCAAACGCGGCCAGCAUCUCACCUCCUGCUACACCGACCCUCUAACCACCUCCUUCACCAGACAGGACCAUCUGCGCUCCUCCAAGUACUUCACAUGCCAGUGCGACCGCUGCCUGGAUCCGACCGAGCUCAAGACGUUCCUGUCUGCCCUCAAGUGCAGCGACUGCGCAGCGAAGCAGGCGGCGGAGAAGGCGACGGCUAAGAAAGAGAGCCAGCCCGUGGGAAGGGGCAUCAGGGGAGCUAGAAGGGGAGGCGUCCUGAACAGGGUCAACCAGUUCCAGUCUGGGGGACGAGGCCAGGCGAGCGGCGGAGCAGAAGGCGCUGCCGGCGACGAAGGGCCAGGACCCUGGAUCGUCGCUGAGGAUCCCACCUCACCGUCGUCCAACUGGCGAUGCCUCACCUGCGGCCACUCCAGCACCGAUGACUACCCGAGCAAGAUCACAGACGUCGUGGCCGAAGAGGCAGAGGAAUUGGAGAGCUCCCCUACAGUAGCCACGUGCGAAGCCUUCUUGGAAAAGUGGGGCCAUCUCUUCCAUCCAGACCACGCCAUCUUCCUCAACAUCAAAUAUGCUCUAUUGCACUUGUACGGGUCAGAGGAUGGUUACGAACUCGACAGCCUCUCGCCCAUCGAUCUCACGCGGAAGGAGGAACUGUGUCGUCAGGUUCUCAAGGUCGCUGAUAUCUUACUGCCAGGCAUCACACGCUUAAGGGGCUCUGUACUCUACGAGCUCUAUCAAGCUCUAUUCUACAAAGCUCGAGCUCUCUUCAUGGUGGGAGCUGCCUCCUCCGAACAGGCGCGGCGGCUGGCUAUGUCGGCCAUGACAGCCCUGAAGGAGUGCGUUCGCGUCCUCGGCUACGAACCUGAAGUACAACCUGAAGGACAGUUAGGACUCGAAGCGAAGGAUGAAAUGAAGCAACUGGAAGAGUGGAUUAAGGAUGAAGGAUGGAAGCUCUGAGAGAGAAGUUGUGAAGAAGUUCAAAAGGAAGUGGAAUGGUGAUUUUUUAAAGACAGAAAAUGGGAGUGAAGUGUAAAAGAAAAUGUGGAGGGAAAUCGGUGGCAAGCGGAGGAGGAGGUGAAAGAAAAUGGAAUAAAUAUUGUAAUGAAAGUGAAUAGUAAUCGAGACAGAUGAACAUAAUUCUAAAGAAAAAUAUUAGAAUAUAAAUGAUCUAAUUUGAAGAAUAAAAAUAUAUAUAUAUCUACAGAGAAAAGUUAAAAGAAAAUGGAACACUUCUUAAGAAAACAGAAAGUAAUGGUGCCUCCUUCAUCAUAUAGUGUGUUUUAAUGUGAUCUGUAUAUAUUUAAAUUGUCAUUCUUAGAUUGUGGAUGAAGACUUUUAGGUUUCAAGACGGAGAUCGUUGCUCAGUUUUGUCUUAAUAUAUAUUACGAUUUCUUUGUCUAUCUUAUGAUGUAAGUUUAUAUUGAAAACAUGUCAUGCAGUUUCGUUCUCUCGGUCACAUUUUUGUCUCAGAUGCUUCUUUUUAUUUAUACAUUCUUUAUUCCCUUUCUUCGAAUCUCACCAGCUGUUCACUCCAUAACAUAUUUUUAAAAGUCAUCCCUGUAUAUUAAAGUUGAGUACUGGAAGGAUAAACUUAAACAUAUUUUCAUUAUUCACAUAUAUCAGCGGAUUCAUUAUAAUUAUUCCCUACUUUCUCACGAAAUUCAAAUGCCCAUACAGAUAUCAUAUGCAUUUUUUUUCGCUCUUUAAAAGAAUGAUUUUAUUCCUAUUUCAUACCGACACUAUUGUUCCGUUUAGAUGAGAAACAACAAAGUUAGAAUGUAUCUCAGCUAAGACUAAGACUCUCUCUCUCUCUCUCUCUCUCUCUCUCUCUCUCUCUCUCUCUCUCUCUCUCUCUCUCUCUCUCUCUCUCUCUCUCUCUCUCUCUCUCUCUCUCUCUCUCUCUCUCUCUCUCUCUCUCUCUCUCUCUGUCUUUCCCGCUCUUCGUCUGUGCUUGCCUUUGUGUCUCUGUUUAUCGUGUCAUUUGUGGUAUGUUAGUCAAGGUCAUUCAUGCAAGGUUCACCCAAAGUGACAAAAGUAUUAGAUUCUCUAUGUUGUAUUCUAAAAUCUAGUUUUUCCACACGAUUUGUGUCUUUAGUCAUGUAAGAGUUUGAUGACUCUGAAUUUAUAUUGUUGGAAAGUCACUUGCAUUAGAAAGUCUCUAGUAAGGCCCGAUAUUAUUACAUUCAGUGAUAUAGGUUUUGUUAUGAUAUGGUGUUACGGGCCUGAGUUUAUUAGUCCUGUUAGCGGAUCAGUAGAUGCUGAGAUAAUCAUAUUUUUAAAUGAUAGAACUGCAUUCUGAAUUGGACUAUUCCAGUGCAGAUUUAUUUUUACGUAGGUUUCAAACUGUCCAGUCCAUUUUUGUAACUUCAGUCCUAGUUUAGUCUCAUCUUGGAACCACUGUAUUAUUAGCAGUAUCAUUUUGCACGUUGAGUUGCUGGGUAUCUCUCAUGGACGAGUAUUAUCACACGUUUAUACGUAUUCAUAAAUGUAGGUAUGGUAAUUUUCUAUGCGGAUACAUACAUGGUAGUGAUAUAUGUUUAGCGUCUAAAUCGUUCUGCAUUUCGGAACAAGAGUCCCACUCCUCAUUAACCGUAUUUUUUUGUUUAUCAUCGUUCUCUUGUAUCAUCACGACCCACUCUAUUUCGUCGAGAUGCUCUUUUAUAAAUGUCAUUUCAUUGAGUUGUUUAUUAACAAUCUUUUCUUUUUGGUUUUAUUAAUAAUUAUUUUAGCCAACGUUUGACAUUCGUAUGUGACUGUCACUUAGGCCGGCGGUCUCUAGAGAUUUGCUGUCACCUUGUUGCUUGCAGUCUGUGUGUGUCAGAGUCUCACACUGUGUGCCUUUUUGAUUUUUAGAUGACUUUAGAUUCCUACUGGUACUCUUGUUAUUUUUUGCCACAUUUGCAUAUACAUUUUAUGUUGGCCAAAUAACCGUUUUUAUUGGUUCCUUGUGGUUUACUGUGAUGCAUCUUCAUUUUAUAUUUCUGAGAUUUCGUAUUUUUUAUAUCAAAUAAACUGUGAUUCGGAUUGACACUGUUUGUUCAGAAAGUGAUUGUUCAUAUGUUCUUUUUUUAUAAUGAUUUAUGCUUUUUUAUGUGAUUUUACCUUAUUCAAACGGGCUCUAUGUAAUUUUUUUGUCAUUCAUUAAGGCUUUGUGCUCCUACAUUCACGCUACUUAUUUGUGUUGUACUGACAAAACCAUUUUUUCGGUCCAUUACCUCCAACACAGUUUCGCCUUUAAUGAUGUCACUUUCUUUGCGCCCACAAUGUUUGUCACUUUAUUUUCAUUACACAGCGGCCACAUUGCAUUCAUUUUGAAGUAACUCAGUGAUCUCCGUUUUACAAUUAUUGUUUCUUAUCUCUUGUACUCUAUGACAGGAAGCAUGUGAGAUUUUGAUACUGUUUUUGUACGCUACGCCAUAAAGAUAUUGAUUAAAAUAGAAACUUUGGGAA